AUGGAAGAGGUUCCGGAAAUCGAUUUAGGGUUUCGAAUGUGCACUAUCUGCGGCUUGCACGGCAGUUCUGCCACAGAAGGCCUCUGCUUCAAGUGCUAUUGCUGCCGCUUCAAGGCGGAGCACGCCGGCUCGGCUUUAUCCUCCUCCUCCGCCUCCCCCUCUAUGGCGGUCGUUGAUGAUUUUUCUGAAUCCGCGGCGGCGACCGUGGUAGCGUGGCGGCGGAAGCCGAAGCAGUGUCAUAUAUGCCGGAAGAAGGUUGGCCUUCUGGGGUUCCGGUGCCGGUGCGGGGAAACCUACUGCGGUCAGCACCGCCACCCGGAAUUCCACACCUGCACCAUCGACUACAAUCUGACCGGAAGGAAGCGGAUCAAAUGUGAAAACCCCUUGCCCGACCCCCAGAAGCUGUCCACGAUUUAG